CUACGUGGUGGUCGAACGGUCGUUUCCUUUUUCGCUUUGAAACCUAAAGUCCAAGUGCGGGACCGAGAGAGAGAGAGAGAGAGAGAAAGAGAGAGAGCUUUUUAUAUCACUACACACGUAUUACAUACAUUUCUGCGUAACAGUGACGUCAGUGUCUUUCAACGCGUAAGGAACAUAUACCGGGUGUUGAGCCACGAGGCUCGCAGCACUCUCGUCAACCUCGUCGAAAUUCGCGUUCCGGGGUCAAAGAAAACACGGGCUAAUGCGACCGAUUCAUUGCAGUUCCCCGUAGGCAGAAUUCACAGGCAUUUGAAAAAUAGAACCACGAGUCAUGGUCGGGUAGGCGCUACUGCGGCGGUGUACAGCGCGGCCAUUUUGGAAUACCUUACGGCCGAGGUAUUGGAGUUGGCGGGAAAUGCAUCGAAGGAUCUGAAAGUCAAACGUAUUACACCUAGACAUUUGCAACUCGCUAUACGUGGUGACGAAGAAUUAGAUAGUCUCAUUAAGGCAACAAUUGCAGGAGGAGGUGUUAUUCCACAUAUCCACAAAUCACUUAUCGGCAAGAAGGGUUCGCAGAAGCCAGCAUAAUUUAGCGAUAAUUGACAUUGAACAUUUCAAGAUUCGUGGGCAAACGGGAGGAGGAGUUGGUCCAGUGCUUGUUGCAACAAAGUGUACCUAGGUUACUAAAUCGAUGGCGAGACUGGCGUGAUAUAUACAUAGAUAUAUAUAUAUAUAUAUAGAUAAUAAAUAAAACAGUAUAUUGAGAUAUAAUUUAAUAUAGAUAAAGAAAAUGAGAGUUAAAGAAAAGACAAAUGUUCAUUGACAAUUGACAAACGGACAAGACAGGGAGAGAGAAAGAGAGAGGAUUCUAGGCCGAGUGUAGGAAAUUUUUUGUGUGUGUUGCGAGCGAUGCGUUGUAGCAUGGCUCGAGAUGAUGGCAGUCUUUGGUACAGUUUGCAAUUUUUGAACAUUGCAGUAACAUCAGAGGACGUGUGAAAGCCUGUUUAAUUACCACGUUUAAUUAUUUACCAUUAUGAACGAAACUCGAUUACUUUAUCAAACCGCCAUCGUUAAUUUUAUCUCAUUUUCGCCUUUGACUCGCGUCAUGUGCCACUGAAGGAGGUUUUUUGCUCCCAAGUAGUAACUCUCAUUUCACAAUCUCGCACACAUGAAUACACAUGAAUUGUGCAGUUCAGUUAAUUAUUUCAGAUGAAUUUUAGUGUGUUUAGAUUUAUUACAUAUAUACAAUUAUGUCAGUGGAAUUAUAAUACAUGGAUUAUAAAUAGUAAAGUUUUACGUCGAAUUCAUCACGACAAAAGAGAAGGAGAAGAAAUAGCGGACAUUUAUACGCAUAAUUUCCAAUAUAAUUUUGGAAUCAAAUAACUCCACUUGGCCAAAUUCGUAUAAAAAUACAUACUAAAAUUUUGAUCUGCUACUUAGAUAUUAAAUCGUCUCUCGUUGCACGUUCACCAGUUUACAAGUUUCUUGCGCUUUCCUCCUGUUAGAAUCACGAUGAUUUAUUACAUAGGGUUCCGAUAAUAAAUAGCAACGAUUUCAAAGUUUGAAAGUUUAACUUUGUGACUCGAUUGUACAUAGUGUUUUUUAAUUGCAUACAUAAAACUCGUGUAACAUAUACGUGAAUAUUGAGUUUUGUGAGCUUCUGAAAUUAAAUGAGCCUUUUAUUUCAAGAACCAGAUUGUGGAAUGUUCAGUUUUAUUAAGAAAAUUUUCUAGAUAUUGCGAUCUUAAUAAUAACGAAGGCUGAAUUCGUUUCUUGUAGAAUAAUCUGAAAUGAUGUAGUAACGAUUCGACCGAAUAAUCCGAAGAUUUAUUUGCACAUGUAAGAACGUGCCGAUUUUCAUUUCCGCUCUAAAUAUUUUUCUUUCUUAUUUUAAUAAUAUUUGUCAGUUAGUUAAUCCUACGAUUUAGCAUAAUUUUUAUUGUACGUACACGGUUUCGCACCAUAUGUAAAACGUUCAUUUUCAUAAUAAAAGAUAAAUUUUAUUAAA